UUUUAGCUGCGAAAAUAUAGUUACAACAGGCGCUUCUACAUCAGAAUACUCUACAAAUAAAUACCUGCUAUUAUCUACAUAACCUGUGCGGUAUUGUUUAUCAGGCUUUUGCAUCGGAUUUGGCAAUAAUUUCUAUAUAAUUCCAUCAUGGACAAGUUGUCAGAGGCAACCAGUAUUGUGUCUAAUAGAGAUCGAGAAUGCUUUAGCUGCAGACUUGUAAGCGGCACUGGGUUAGUCGGUGCGGGACUUUACAUCGGAUAUCAUUCCAAAAAUCUUCAAAAAACCGUUGGAAAAACAAUUAUGCUGUGUAUAGCAGGAACUACUUUCGGACUUGGAGUUGCAAGGAUUUUAGACCUACCACCUUUUCGGCAUCAGUUCGAGCAUAAGAAUUGAAAAUUUUCUUGAAUAUGAGUGGUACCUACAUUAUUUUUGUCUUAUUUGUUGUAUAAAAAGUAUGUAUAUAAAAAAUUGUAACAUAAAUUAAUAUUAAAAAUAUCGUAAGAAACCAAUUGAAAAUGCA